CAUAACCCUGCAUCCACUAUAUCUGGUCUUCCACAGUACCUUAAAGUGUUACUAAACCCAGGACCCUGUUUUCACUAUAUCUGGUCUCCCACAGUACACAGAACAUGGAAAUGCAAUUAUUUUAGUAAAUAUAAACUGCUUAAUACCAUUUCUCAUCAGAAGUUAGAGAAGUCUUGUGACUUCUAUCUGUGUCCAGCCCACCACUAGCUAAAGCUUGCAGGAAGAGUUUUCUUUCUGCUCUAG